GGAUAAAAACACUUCUACUCUUUCAUUUCUUUCCAAUUUGCAUGGGUUUUGCCAGAUGUAAUGUCUGUUUAAUGUUCGGUUUCUUCUUUUUUUCUUUUAGCAAGAAAUCUUAUGGUGUAUUUCGGAGUGGAUUGGUCGAAAUUCGUGGAUUAACAAUAAUCAUACGAUAGAUACUAGGAUGGGUCGUUAUUUCCUGGAACAUCUGGGUGGUCGUCGAAUUUUUUCGUGUGAUAGCUGUAAAGCUUUUCUGACAAAUGAGGAUGAACUGAUCUCGAAACAUUUCACUGGAUCAACGGGCCCAGCUUUUCUUUUUGACCGUGUCGUCAACAUUGAAUAUUCGGAGAUGCAGUUGCGAACGAUGAUUACCGGUCGACACAUUGUUCGAGACGUCAUUUGUAAGCGGUGUAAGACAAAACUUGGUUGGAUGUACGAGUAUGCAAUGAAUGAGCCUCAAAAGUACAAGGAAUCUAAAGUUAUUCUAGAAAGAGCGCUGAUCGAGAUGAGUGAAGGCAUCGAUAAUCCUGUUGACGAUGGAAGAGAGCCACGACAACGGUAUACCUAAUAUCUGUUAGUGUUUUCACCCAAAUUUCUGAUCGAGAGAAUACAAUAUGUUGCGAUGUAUAUGCAUUCUCUGCGAUUUUGUAAUUUACAUAUGUACAGCCUUGUAUAUAUGUUCGACAGAGUGGUUCCCCGAAUCCAAUAUUGUCUUUUGCUUGCAUUCUGAAUGAUUUUUUGGAACUGCGCUCAACUUCUAAUGUUUCCAUGGAUGACUAAGAAGUACUGGCCUAGUGAUUUGAAAUUAAAGAGUUCUCGUGGAAAUUCAACAUUAUGGAGUUUAUUUACUAUUGAACAUUCUGGUUUCAGUAUGAAUAUUUCUUACAGUUGUCUUUAUAAUGUUAAUGAUCGUUCUAUACCACUAUAUUGCCGUUGUAUUUUCUUUUCUUUAGGACAGGAAUUCAGGUUUUCAUAAUAUUUGGGAAGCUGUGAAAGGUGGGGGCCUACCUGUAAAGUUUGAAUUUUGCAGAUUUCUUCAAGUUUGAACCGAUUAACAUUUUUUUGGAACAAAUGGUAUUCCAUGCUAUAUGAAUCUUUUAUUGGUG